AAGCUGGAAAACGAGAUGAGAGUGAUAAAGGAGAAAGAAAACAGGAAAAAGAAAAAAGAGCUAGAGAGGAUAAAGAAGGAUGAGGAGGAGAAGGGGAAAAGGGAGGAGGAAAUAAAAAAGCCAGAGGGAGAGGCAAAGAUGGAGGUGGACAAGAUGGAGACAGAGAAGAGAAAAACUGAGGAAGAAAUGAACCUGAGGAAGGAGGAAGAGGAGUGGCAAAAGAAAGGUGAGAAGGAGAAGGAAAAGAGGGAAGAGGAAAAUAGGGGAGAAGAGAAAGCGGGGGCAGCAACUGAAGAGAGUGAGGAGAGAAAGAAGCAGGAGGAGAUGAAGGGAAAGAAAGAGGAGGAAGAUGCUGAUGAUGCAAAAGAGGUGGCUCAGGAAAAGAUUAAGGAAGAAAUGUGGAAGAAGGAUGAAAGAGAACAUGGAAAAGUAGAUGAAGAAUUAAACUUUGAGGAGAGGAAAAAGGAAGAAAAUAAUACCAAAGAGAGGGAGGAGGAAGAGGAGGCAACAAAGAUGGAGAAGGAUAGAAAAAAAAUGGAGGAGGAGAUGGACAUGGAGGAAAUGAUAAGAAAACAGGAAGCGGAAAAUACAAUUAUGAAAGAAGAACUAAGACCUGUUGGAGAAGACAAGAAGAGGGACAAGGAACAUGAAAGGAAAACAAAAGAGGAAGAAUGGAGGAAGAGUCAGAGGUACGACAAGGAUUACAGAAAACCAGAAGAAGAAAUGAGGCUCGAAGAAGAUGAGGGGUUUAAAGGACAUGAUGUUGAAACCACAAAAAUGGAAAAUGAGGAAGAAAAUAAGCAGGAGGAUAUUAGAAGAAAAGAGGAGGAGGAAAAUGUAGAUGUAGAGAGGAAGACUGAGGAAGAGAUGGGAGAAAAUAGGAAAGAAGCAGCAGAAGAAACAGGACUGAAAGAAAAAGAGGAGAGCAAAAAGAAUGUGGUGCAGGAUCAGGAGGUAAGAGCAAAUGAGGAGCAAGAGAAAAGACCAGACGACAGCACGAUAGGUCAAAAUGAGAAUAUGUUUACAACAGUAAACUUCUCACAAGUGGAAGACGGCACCACCAGGACCUCAACAAACCUCAGUGAGUCUGCAGUCUGCUCCACCAGCACUGAAGCCACACCACAGCAGCAGAAGAAGAGCAUCAGUCAGACGGUGGAAUGCGAAAAUCAAGUAGCCAAGCUUUCCACUGUGACUGUUUUUUUGGCCAUGUGCCUCCCAGAGCACACAGAGCAGAAGAGGCUGUCAUGGAUGAAGGACUGCACCUCGUGGUCCAAACUCUCCCUCCAGAACAGGAGGAAGCAGAAAGGAUGCGUCCGAAGUCGGAGAGGGCCACGGAGGCCUGCUGAGGCCAGCAGUCUGCUGCCUCUCUGCCCAGAAUCUCUGCUUCGCUCCACAGGCUGGAGAUCCCUGCAUGAGGUGACCACAGUGACCCUGGAGGACUUGCCCGCCUGUAGCUUAUCCACGCUUGCUCAGUGUACUAAACUUCAGUCUCUCAGCCUCAGACGCUGUGGCCUCAAAUCCCUGGAAGGCAUCAGCCAGUUACCACAGCUCUGCCACAUCGAUGCACAGGAAAAUGACAUCUCAUUUAUCGACUGCGAAAAUAUGACUAGUUUACGAGUUCUUCAGCUCAGCCGCAACAAGCUGGCAUCCAUCCACGGUUUAGCUGGUGCUGAAAACUUGGAUGUUCUAGACCUGUCGCACAACUCCAUCACCCGCAUCGCUGGUCUGGAGUCUGUGAGGAGACUGCAGAGGUUGUCAAUGGAUCACAACCAGCUGAUCAGCACCAAAGGACUGAGGGACGUGUACACUCUCCUCCACCUGAACUGCUCACACAACCACCUGGCAAGCGUGGAGGGUCUGGAGAACAGUGCUCUGCUCAGCACGCUGGAUCUGAGAGCCAACAGCCUUACUGAGCCCCCCAGUCUGAACAACCAGGUCCUCCUCAGAGAGCUGUAUCUGGACGACAACAGCAUCUCCUCCCUGCAGGGCCUCACUGCUUGCUGGCUUCCCCUCAUGCAACAUCUCUCUGUGGCCCAGAACAGAAUUACUCAGCUGCCCUCCAUGUCUGAUUGUGUGUCGCUUGCAAAUCUGGAUCUUCGAUUCAACUGCAUGUCAGAGCUCCAGAACGUGUGUCAGAGUCUGGAGGGAUGUCAGUUCCUGCAACAGGUCCACCUGACAGGGAAUCCUCUUCAGCAGGAGAGUGGCUGGAGGUCCACUCUACAGAAAGCAGUGCCUGGCCUGAGCCCCUGGCCCAUCGAUGGCCAGCAGACAGAUUCUUCUCUGUCGCCUCCUGCUGUUCAGCAGGUCAGCUUGGCCUCAGGCGGCUUCCUAACGUUCUGCCAGGCUCAGCUUCAGCAGAAUCGUGAUUUACAGCAGCAGCACAGCAGGGAGCUCAGUAAUGCCUCAUCUUCCCUGGAUGCUCUAAAGACCUCCUGCCGACACUUCACUGAGGCUCUGCAGCUGGCUACCGACCAGAGAUUUGCCCAUGAAUAUGGUGACACCACUGUGGUUGAGAAACACAGGGGCACCGUCCAAAAAACGCUUGAGGAAACACUUGACAUGGUCAGUACCAAUGGUGAGAAGUGUACUGAGCACCCAGAAAAGGAGUCUGCUGAUAAAGUUUCACCCGUUUUUCCGAAUGGGGACAACAUCACAUGCACCUUCUGGACUUUCGAUGAGGAGGCAGCUGUAGAGGGUCGGCGUGACGCUGUUGCUAUAGCUCCAAAGAGAGGACCAACAGUUAACAAAGUUAACUCUGGCAGUGUGCACUCCAUGGCAGCAACAGAAAAAACAAUUUCCUCCAACCUUAACGUGGCACCUGUGUCCAACCAUCGAGAUCUGGAACUCCAGAACACAGCAGUAGUUGUGAUUCAACAGCAGUGGAGGAAAUACAGACAGAAAUGUGGGAACAUCAACAACCUUUCCACAGCUGAAAACGGGGGAGGAAGAGGAGGAGAUGGAGCAAAGCCAAAGUCAGGACCUUCUUAUUUUAACAGGAGUUCUGUUGGCCAAGAUUCUGCAGCAACUGUCAUCCAGGCGUUUUGGAGGGGCUUCACUCUAAGGAGGAGGCUUGCAUCUGCUCUGGCUGCUGUAACAUGCCCCGACACCGGAGAGGACGACACCUUUGAGGAGGUGGACGUGGAUGAAUUUGUCUUUGAUGAGGCAGCACUGGAGAAGCACUGGACACUGUUGCUUUCUGAAGACUCACCUUCCAGUCAUUAUCUCUUGUCAGAGCAGCCACUGUCUCUGAAGCCUCCUGGGCCCUUUCCUGAACCCUCCCAGUUCAUACCCCCUCCACCGCUUGUAAGGAGUUCCAAGCAGGCCUGGGUGGAUGCAGAACUGGUGGACUCUGCAGGCCAGAGAGUUUCACCACAGAGUUCCAACAGAAGUAAAUCUCCUGCCUCCCCAUCCGUGGUCAGUGGUCUCUCUGAAAGAUCAGAAAAGAUACUGGAAGAAUGGGGCUUCACUCACAGCCACACAGCUCUUCUAAUGCUCAAGAGAGCCCAGAAGAUGAAGUCAAAGAAGCAACAGCAGAAGAAAUGUCAGGAUCCCUCCGUCCCUCUUGCCUUGUUUGGAAACUGCAGUUACCAGCUGGGUCAAGUGGAAGCUCGGAACAGGAAAGCACAACACAACAGAAAGUAUAGAAAAGUUGGCGAGGCCGAGCUGGGACUUCAGCAGGCAGAGAGGACGGAGCGAGUGAAACAGGAAGGAGCUCAGCAGUGGCUGCACACCCAGGCUGCUCGUUCUGACAGGGACUCAGAGAGUGUGCAUUUCUUACCGGAGAUGAGCUCAGAUAUACUGAAUGGAGGCAGAGUGCAGCUCGUGGCAGACUCAGGAUACACAGAACGUCUACAUCAUGCCAGUGGAUUGUGGGCCAACAGCAGUUUAGCUGCCCAGCCUUGCAAAGAGAACAAUUAUCCUCGCAGAAACUCUUUGGGUCAUGCAAGAGAAAAGCUUCCAGCACCCGAGCGAGUCACGUCUGCUCCGACAAAGAAAGAGCGCAUCUCCUUCCGAGACAACCCUGUUCAGCUGAGCGGCGGCUGGGGAGGAGGCAAGAAGAGGGAAAAGGUGUACAAGUAGAGCGCAAGCUCUUCCACGAGCGUGUCACCUUUUUUUGCUGUCAAGGUAAAAGCGUUUUCCCCACCUGUGAUACGCACCGAAGAACGUGUACGUGCGUCUGCUUCCGGAUGACUUACGUUCAUGCUUCCUUUAGAUGCAGCAUCAUGCCAACAGCAACCUGUGUUGUGGUAUUAACUGGUUUAACUCAAGAUUUAAGCCAACAGAUUUCAGUCUCACGAUACUUCCCUUCCAUGAAGAAGACUUUCUUUCUUUUCAUUUAGGAUGCUAUUUUACCCUCUACGCUGAAUCUCCCUGCAGCUGUUCUUUUUAAACUGAGCUGAAAACUCGAGCUCCCUCUCCUGAACAUUAAUUAAGACCAAUAGGACCUGGACCAGCCCAAAUAUCUUCAGGCACUUCCAUUAUAUUGAUUCUUCUCAAGUGUCAGAGCCUGAAUGCAGUCGCAGCCAACCAGCACCAAAACACAUGGAACAAAAUCACAAGGCAAAUGGCAACGCUUCACAUGCAAAUGAUGGCAGGAAAUAAGGAGCAGGACCGUCAAUACCUGCGCACUCGUGUUUCUGAGGAUGCCAAACUGUUGUUUCUGCAACGAUUUCUUUCUUGGCGCAUACAUGCCGAGUAUUUACACUUUGUAGCCAUGGGAAGAGACUUGCUUUUUCCACUUCUCCUGUUCUCUCUUAAGAUUAAAGUUAAAUAAAGCCCAGAGAUUUAAGGGCAGUUUCGCCAUUUCUGUGGUUAUGUUAAGCUCCUGCUCGCCAGCAGUGGGCUCGAGAUUUCUGCUUUCAUGAGCCGAGCACAAGCGUUGGUGUUAGAAUUAGAACCUUUUUUUUGUUUCAGUUGUGUAUCAUAAUGGCCUUAUCUGUGUGUUUGAAUUUGGAUAGCUAAGGCGUUUGUCGGCAAACACUACCCUGCCAGAGGUGGUGAACCUCUUGGAGACUUAGAGGUUCCUCACUGGUCCACCGCCUGGAAAUGAUAACUUAAUUAAUGUCAAAACAAAUAGUCUGAGCUGCAGAGUGGCUCCCUGGCAGGGAAUGCAUGUCUGUCUGUUUACUUUCCUUCUGUCUUUCACUUCACUCAUGUCUGGAGGGUGUGUUUUGACUGUACACGAGCUGAUGGGGAUUUUUGUGAGGGAGACUGGCGUAUGCCAGAGAUGUGGUGGUCCUGCUCACUUCAGGGCUGUUGUGAAACCCGAGAGUUCUGCCCUGCUUCACGCCGGAUCUUCAGGCUCUCUGGGUGGACGUCGUGUGUUUAUUGCACAUAAAACACAAACAGGUGACAUAGAAAUGCUCCAUAUUAAUAUUUUGUCAUUAGUGUUGUUUUGUAUGACACAAGUUCAGGUUUGUCCAGGCUUUCACAGUUCUCCUCUACAAGUGCUGCUUCUGCAAUUACAUUGUUAAACCAUCGUCCACCAGUUUUCGUUAAAUCUGUUUACAUUUGGGUUAUAGGUAAAUUGCAUGUAACCUAAGACAUUCAGAAUCCAUUGCCUGGUGAAGUGAGUGCUCCACCACACGUUUAGAUAAGAUGAAGACGCCUGACCUCAAGCCAGCAAAUGUUGUCGGUGGAGUCCGGUGGGGGCAGUUUUGUCCCCUUGAAUGCCUCCACGUCCCGUUUCUUCAGAUGCAUUAAAGGACCAGAACUUAUAUGUUUUAGCUA